AUGGUAGCUCUGAGCGACUUCCAGAGGAUCGGCGUGGGCCUGGUUGGCUUUGGCCUCUUCUUCAUCCUGUUUGGGAUCCUCCUCUACUUCGACUCCGUGCUGCUGGCCCUGGGGAACCUCCUCUUCCUCUCCGGCUUGGUCUUCAUCAUCGGCUUCAAGAGGACCUUCAGCUUCUUCUUCCAGCGGUCAAAGAUGAAGGGCAGCAGCUUCUUCCUGGGGGGGGUCAUCAUUGUCCUCAUGAGGUGGCCCCUCCUGGGCAUGCUGCUGGAGGCUUAUGGCUUCAUCAACCUCUUCAGGUCCAUCCCACACCACCUGCCCACCCCAGCGGGGAGCUUUUUCCCAGUGGCUUUUGGGUUCCUGGGCUCCAUGGUGAACAUCCCCCUGCUGAGCAAGCUCUUGCAGAAGGUGGGGGACAGCAGCUCCAUGGUGUGA